CAAGCGUCACAUCCGCCUUUGACUCAGUGAAUACGGCUCUAACGAAACGGAGGCGAGUAGCAGUGUUUCGCUUCACUUGAUAACAUUAUUAGUUAACUAAAUAAGCCAGAUAAUUAUCUAUCAUUUAAGUUUCUAUCGACAAGAAAUGAGCGACAACGAAAAGGAUUUUGGCGAGCGGGUGCGUAUUAUCAACCACGAACUACCGAAGAUAUAUUCUUGUCCUAAAAUGAGCAGACUCAACGACGCCAUUUUGCCCUAGCUUAGCUAGGCGGCUAACGCUAGUUAGCGCAAACAUGAUGUAGUUAAGAUCAUUGAUUUGCAUCGACUAUAUGGAUUUUGUACCGUUUUAUAUUUUCUAAUUGAAUUUCCAUUUAUUUAUGUUAACAUUGUUGUCUUUUCAUUGUGUUUUGUAAUUUAAAGCAAACAUUAGUUAGGCCAAGUGGUUUGCAGCUAUUUUAACGUUAACUAAUUCACAUCAAGUACAUUUUGAAUUAACGAGUCUACUGAGACUGCUGGCGAGAAACAGUUACCAAUGUACAUUUACUCAUCAUUGCAGGUUGAGUUGGGAAGAAGCAAAAUGGCGGAAGAAGUUUCAGAUAUGAAGUUUGAAGUUGUUAAAGGGCAUAUUUGAUGAAGCUGAUGGUGUUGAUGCAUGCUAAUGUAAAAUGAAGCUGGCAGAAGCGAGCGGCCACGCUGUCCACUGGUAGAGUGAUGUAAUGGCAGAAAUCAAAUGGGAGGAAGGAAGUGGGGGAAGAGGAGAGAAAAAUGAAGUCAGAAAUGGUGUGAAACGGAAGAAAGAAGAAAAGAGAUGGUUGUUUUGAAGUUAUGAAGUUAAAGAAGUGAUGAAGUUAUGAGAAGUGUUCGGGGGUAUGGUUAAUUCCCUAUAGCCUGCUAUGUUAUAUUACUACAAUCCUAUUUCUCUCUCCCUCUCUCCUUCUGUUUUCUAAAGCAGUGUUUCCCAAGCCAUCCCUCAAGGACCCCCCAUCCCCCCACCAUUACACCUGUUUGUUCUAUUCCACCAUUGGUACACCUGAUUCAACAAAAUCUCAAGCUCUUUCUCAAAUUGAAUCAGGUGUACUAAAACGGAAAUGUGCAACAGUGGGGUCCCCCUGAGGGAUGGUGUGAGAAACACUUCUUAAGCAUGCAUGCCAACUGCUCCUCCAUCUCAGACACAUUACCUAGUCCUCAACACGCAAGGUUAAACUCUGCUACGCUGCCUAGAGUGUAAGAGAACAAUCCGCUCAUCAUAGAACUGUGUUAAGAUUAAACUAGAUUAACACCUCUACUUUAAGCCUAUAUGAUUUCCUUUGGUCGCCUGUAACAGGCAGAUCUAGUUACAACAAAUACCUGUCGUUAAUGAAAUGUUAUUUAUUUAUUUUUUUACUACUGGAGCUGAAAUAUAAGAGGGGCCUGUAGCAGGUUUGAGCGAGGUUCCUUCUGUACCUCCUCUCUCUCUCUAUCCUGACCGUUUCUCUAUUUUUGAUUCUGACCUGUAUUUAUGUGUAUCUGGCCCGUUCAGGACUCGCGGUCCGCUUCCAGGAGUGUGAGCCCAAGGGGUUCUAGGAAGUCUGCCAGCCGCUCCCUGGCCCAUUCCCCAGCCCGCUCUAAAGAUGGCUCUAGACACUCCAGGUCUAAGUCCCACUCCCGAUCCCGCUCCAAGUCAAGGUCUCGUUCCCAUAGAAGCUCCCGCAGGCAUUAUUCCCGCUCUCGCUCCCGUUCCCACCGCCGCCGUUCCCGUAGCCGAUCCCGAAGCGGGGAAUAUCGCCGCCGUCGGAGCCACAGCCACUCCCCCAUGUCCAACCGCCGCAGGCACAUUGGCAACCGGGCCAACCCGGACCCAAACUGCUGCCUGGGUGUGUUUGGUCUGAGCCUGUACACCACAGAGAGAGAUCUGAGAGAUGUGUUCUCCAAGUACGGCCCCCUGGCUGACGUCAGCAUCGUCUACGACCAGCAGUCACGACGCUCCCGCGGCUUUGCCUUCGUCUACUUCGAAGUCCGAGAGGACGCCAAUGAGGCUAAGGACAGAGCUAAUGGAAUGGAGUUGGAUGGACGGAGGAUCAGAGUGGAUUUCUCCAUCACCAAACGACCACACACUCCUACCCCUGGGAUAUACAUGGGACGGCCCACAUAUGGUGGCAGUGGCAGCGGCGGCGGCGGCAGCAGCAGCGGAGGCGGUGGAGGAGGAGGAAGUGGCGGCCCCAGCUCAAGCUCAUCUCGCCGUAGCUCGAAGGAUUACGACCGCGGCGGUGACCGCGGCGGUGACCGUGGUUACGACAGAGGUUACGACCGUGGUUGCGAUCGCUAUGACGACCGAGAGUGCUACAGGUCUUACAGACGCAGGUCUCCCUCCCCAUACUAUAGCCGAGGGGCCUACCGGUCUCGCUCACGCUCGCGAUCUUACUCCCCACGCCACUACUGAGAAGAGGAGCAAGAUGAUACUUUGUGGGGUUAGAGCAAGGGGUGGUGAAUGUGGGGUUAGAGCAAGGGGUGGUGAAUGUGGGGUUAGAGCAAGGGGUGGUGAAUGUGGGGUUAGAG